AUGGCUGAAGCAGAGCAGUUACGGACUACUGCGACUGCGACUGAACAGGCUGCACCGGCGCCAGCUGCCACAGAGUCUGCCAAACUACGCCCUUCCUCCUCACUGUCAAAGGAGACGCCGUCCCGCGCCUACAUCCGCCAGGGGGACAAUGUGCUUCUCAAAUUGCCCUCUGGCAUCAUCAAGCCGGUCAAGAUCCAGCCAAACGGGACCAUCUCGCUUGGCAAAUACGGCAGCUUUAAAGGGCACGAGCUGGUCGGGCGAGCGUACGGGCACACGUACGAGAUCUCGGAGGAGGGGAAGCUCUCGACGGUCCAGGUCACGCUCAACGAGAUCGAGGAGACGGAGGCGAACAACGAGUUUAUCACGUCGUCAGGCGCCCAGGCUCUCUCGUUCGUCGACAUCAAGGCCUUGAAGGAGAGCGGGCUCAGCGGAAGGGAGAUCAUCCAGAAGCAGAUCGAGGAGCAUAAGACCUAUGAGCUGAAGACGGAGUACAGCAAGGAGAAGUACAUGAAGAAGAAGGAGGCAAAGUACCUCCAGAUGUUCACGCCGCUCGAGCCGACCGUUCACAUGAUCGCCCAGUACCACUUCGAGAAGCAGCCUUCAAAGACGCGCGAACUCCGACCAGACACGCUCGCCAACAUGCUCGCCAUGGCGAACGUGCGGCCUGGCAGUCGGCUGCUAGUCGUCGAAGACAUCGGUGGAUUGCUCGUUGCGGCAGCGGUGGAACGGAUGGGAGGCGACGGGCGCAUCUGCGUCAUCAACGACGCCGACUCUCCUCCCGACCUGCAUCUCCUCGAGCAUUUCAACUUCUCCCCCUCCGACAUCGCGCCCAUCACGUCCAUCCACUGGGCCGCGACAGACGAGUCCUGGUCGCCGCCAGACCUGCCACUCGAGCUAGCCGAACUCGACAAGGAGAAGGAGCGGGAAACGGAGGCUGCGAAGGGCAAGGGAAAGGAAGGGAGCGCGCCGAAGCGGAAUACGCGCGAGCUGCAUAAGCUGCGGAAGCGGAAGGCGACGUUUCAGAAGGUGCAGGACGCGAGGGACGAGUACUUCCGAGGCGGGUUCGACGGCGUUCUCAUUGCGAGCGAAUACGAGCCUCUAUCGGUUAUCGAGCGACUACUACCCAGCAUCGGUGGCUCAGCACCGAUCGUCGUCUACUCCCAGAAUGUCCAGCUCCUCUUCUCCGCCAACCUUGCCCUCCGCAACCACCCCGCCAUCAUCUCCCCUACCAUCACGGAGCCGUUCCUGCGACAAUACCAAGUCCUGCCCGGCCGAACACAUCCCGAAAUGCAAGGGAUGUCGCACGGCGGCUAUAUCUUGAGCAUGAUCCGGGUGCUCGAGAAUGCGGAUGCGCAGGCUGUGGGGAUUGGCGGACGAAGAGGGAAGAAGCGAAGCGCUGCGGCUGUUGUGGCGGGAUCGGCGACUGAGCAGGAGAACGGAGACAGUCGGGCAACGAGUGUGAGCGCGAGCGAGAAGGAGCCGGAGACCAAGCGGGCGAAGGUGGACGGCGCAGAAGCUGGCGGCGAAGGGAGCGGCAGUCCAGCAGAUGCAGGCGGCCACGUAGAAGCGAUGCAGGUCGAGCUGAGUGCGGCGGUAGACGGUGUAGCACCGCUAUGA